CAAGUGUAGAAGAUGCCACCCAAAGGGAAAAGUAACUCUGGAAAGGGGGGUUUAGAGGGUGGAGUAUCUGGGAGUAACAGCACUGACAAGGCGGCUCGGGGCCCAAAAGUUAUUAGCAAUGCAAUAAAAGUCAGACAUAGUCUAUGUGAAAAACAUGGCAAAAUCAUGGAGGCCAUGAUAAAGUCUGGAAUGAGAUUCAGUGAAGUGGCCACACACUAUACUGAAGAUAAAGCCAGGCAGGGGGGCAACUUGGGUUGGAUGACCAGAGGGUCCAUGGUGGGACCAUUUCAAGAAGUAGCAUUUGUCUUGCCUAUAAGUGGGAUGGAUAAGCCUGUGUUUACAGAUCCACCACUUAAGACAAAAUUUGGAUAUCAUAUUACUAUGGUUGAAGGGAGAAAAUAA